AUGAAACAAUAUUCUACCUGUACUUGAAUCAAUAUAUUUAGAUAAUUACAAAAAUGAUAGCCAAAUUAGUUGUUCCAAAUUUUCGCCGUAUUAAAAUUAAUUCAUUAGUGUGAAUCAGAAUAAUUUACUAUUAUGGUCUCCAUUAAACUUUUAACCAAUCGCAGUAUUUCAUAUUAAAAAUUAAUAAGGCUAUUAAAAAUGAUGCUCAGAUAACUUACGUUGAAUUUAGUUAUUAAAAUAAUCUAAUACUAUAAGGAACUAAAUAAGGAAAAAUUCUAAUUUUAUCAUUAGAGGAAUAAUCUUGUAUUAAUUUUGAUUCAUUUAUCAUAUUAGAAUAAGAAAAAUAAGCAUCUCAUAAAGGUAAUAUUACAAUAUUAACAAAUUUUGAUGCAAACACCUUCAUUAGUGGAUCUUAAGAUUCUUUGAUCAUGAUUCAUGAUCUGAGAUAAAGUACUCCUAUAGCCUAAAUCAAAUAACAUAAGAAAUAAAUAAAUGACAUUGUUACAGAUAAAGACUCAUUUAGAUUUAUUUGCGGUUCUCAAGAUGAAUAUGUGAGUCUAUGGGAUUUAAGAAAUUAUUCUUAAUUUUCAGCUUUAUUUAACAAUCAAGAUUCUAUAAAUUCAUUAUUAUUGAUAAAAAAUACAAAUAUGCUAUUCACCAGUGGAGAAGAGUCAAUUAAAUUAUGGAAUAUUAAUGAAUAAAAUUAAGUAUUUUUAUUGAUUAAUUGUAGAAUCAAGUUUAAUAAACUUAAUAUCCAAUCCAAAAAAUGGCAUUUGAUUAUUAAUAAGAAAUUUUAAUUUGUGCAUCAUAAGAUAAUCUCAAUCUAUUUAAUAUUGAAAUGUUACCUUUAAAUAAUAUAGAGAUUAAUUGGUCAAAAAUACAAGAUAUUAAACUUGAAGAUGAUUUUGUGUAAGUUUUAGAGGAAAAAGAAGAUAUCUUACGAUUUCAUAAAUUUUAACUUGAAUCAAAUAAUCAAUAAAUUGAUGAAAAUUAAACAUUAAUUUCGGAUAGUAAAAUUCCUUUUUCUUAGCUUAUAUAAUUUGAUUAAUGCUUUUAUCCAUCCUAGACAGAAGAAUAUUUAGAUUAAAGUUAUGAUGAUGACAAUUAAUAGUCUGAUGAUAUUAUUACAACUUAAAAUCUGUCUCUAUAAUUUUCUUAAAUUCUCUACUCUUAAACAAAUAAAGAUAAAUACAAGUAAAUAGAAAUCAUAGAAGAAAUUUCUAUAGAUCAUAGCAAAAUAACAAUUAUUUUAAAUGAAAGAAUAUCAAAGUUAAAGCCCAUUAUAUUAUUAUACUAGAAAAAUGAGAUUAAAUAAAGUAUUCAAAAAAUUUAAUAGUAAGAAUACUAUUCAUUAAAAUAGUUAUAAUGAUUGUUCUGUUUUUAUAGACUUUUUUUCCUUUUUGAAAUAAGACCACUAACAGAAAAAGUUAUAAGUUUAAGAUAUUGUUUUAUUAUUGGAAAAUAUACAUAUAUUAUUAAAUUCUAAAUACUCCUUUUAGAUUAUUAAAGGAUUGGAAAUAAUUAAAUUUUGUUUCAAUUCAGUAAAAGAUGUAAAUUUUAAAAUUAUUUUGAUUAGAAGAUUUAAUAAUAUAGUAUAUAGAAAAAGCAAUAAUAAAAUAAAGCGAUAGAUAAAAAUUUACAAAAUGAAAAAAUUUAUGUAAAAUUGAUGAUGCACUUUGAUAAAAUGGUGAAAUUGCCAAAACUUGGUAAAUUAUAAAAAGGAAAGGAUAUUAAUUUAGCCAAUUUAACUACUUAAAUAAAAACUGAAAUAUCAUAAUUAUUGAAUAAAUUAGAAUGA